ACCUUUAAUCGGGCAAAAUGUCAACGAAGACUUUUUCAAUAAAGCGCAUGUUGGUAAACACAAACUAACUUCGUAUACACUGCUUGAGAGGGAAUUACCAAUAAAUUAAGCACAACGCGUGGAAUCUAUGAUAGCAUGGAAAUAUAUGAUUGCAGACAGGUAUUUCCAGGAAACCAUGAAAGACGGAGAGAAAGUGUUGUAACAAGAAUACCAAGCUUCUUGAAAUGUUAGAUAUAUAGGAUAAAUAAUCACAUAUCGAGGAUUAUCUUAAGCGAAACGUGAAAUAAGUCAUGCGUUGAAGUAAUAAAACCUGAGUCAGUGAGAAAUGUUCGAUUUAAAGAUGUUUAAAACAUGAACAUUAGAGUGAUAUGUGAUAUGAGGAUAUGAAAAAGAAGCUUAUCAAUGUAUAGGAUACACGAAAUCUGCAUUAUUAUUAAAUAUAACAGGUAGACUAGCACUCACUGCCGAUGGAACUGCUUCAGGUGGUAGCUCUUAUGAGCGCGCUUUGGACAGUAGUUGAAGGUAUCCAGUGCUGGCAUUGUAUCGCUGAAGACUGCGCUGCAGACCCAAGUGCUAACUACAAGGCCACCAAGAAAGCAUGCAAAUCUGGACAGUCAUGUCAGAAAGUAUACUUCGAAAUGUUAGACGUAACAGACAACGGCAACUUUAUUCACACAUCAACAGUGCGAAGCUGUUCUAGUGAAUGUAAGUCACGUGACGAUUUUAUCAAUUGCACGGAGCUACAACGAAAUUCACGUGGAUGUAUUCGGAAGGAUUGUUGUAGUGACACUGACCUAUGUAAUAGUUCAAAUGAUGUGAAGCUGGAUGUGCCCUAUGUUUUGAUCGUACUUGCUUGUGUAAUAGUGCAAACAUAAUAAAUAUUGGUGUGUGAUGAUCAAUGACCGCAACAGUGCAAAUAGACAGUGUUAACAUGAUGAUUUGUGUAGUAGUGCAAUCAUUGUAAAGACGAGUUUUCCAUUGAUUUAAUCAUAGAAAUAAUGUUGAUAAGAGUAUGCCUUUUUAUUCAUAACGUAUUGUGCCUUUGACUAGUCAUCCUUAUGGUUUGUAUAACCUUACAUUUUUUUUUGAAAAAAGGAAAAUUCUCUCUUUUGCACGUCACCUUCGUUCCCUGUGUCAUAAACUACGUGUUGAGAUAAGUAAAGCGUUGUCUGCGAUUAUUAUAUUUACAGUACAAACAUUGUAUCAAGAACUGCUUUUAAGUAUGCGUGUCACGUGUUGAACAGUUAAUUUGUUUGUUAUUUGCAAAAUCAACAUUUAUGCAACAUAUGCCAAGCGUGCCUUCCAGUUCGUAUCGAAUCGUUCGGGGAUAGCUGGUAAACCUCAGUUUUAACCUUGCUAUCCGAGAAAUGAUUGAGAUAAACACAAAUAAAAGUAGUUAAUCGUG